AUGAGGAAAGAGGUUCUAUCGGCUGUAGCGAUGAAGAUGAUGACAGGGAGCACUGCGAAGGGCAGUUCAGCAAUAGACCUCAAAGAUUUGUCAAGGUGUCUCCACGCGGUCGCCAAGAAUGGCGAUAGCAAUGGGAUAGGGAAAUUGGUUGGCGUCAAUCUGGACUCGAGAUCGGUGUCAUAUGGGAACGCUCAGGACUGUGCUAUGGCUGCUGGGGCUCUAGCCAAGGCUGGAAGCAGCGUGGAAACUCGUCGACUUAUGGCCAAACUUGCCCGGAGGAGCGUUGAAGUCUCGGAAGACUUCACACCUCAGGGAAUUGCUAUGCUUUGUAAUGCGUAUGCCAAGGCCGGCGUUAGAGAAGGGGAAUCUCUUAUACGUUUCUUGGUGCCUAAUAUUGUCCUCAAGGCUGCUGAGUUCACUGGAGUCGACUGUGCAAUCGUAUUGAAUGCCUUCGCGCGGCUGAAAAUUAAGGAUGAGCCCGCCCUGCAGCGGCUCAGUAAGAGAGUGACGGAGCUCUUGAGAGAGAACCAUGGCGGUGGUAAUAGUCUAGGUCGAGUUGCGACACAGUCACUUAACGCCAUGGCGAAAUUGAAUUAUAUAGAUGCCGGUUUUAUACGAGCUAUACUCGUUUGGUGCGAGAAGGAGUCUACUGAUAUUGCCAGGUGGAGCCCGCAAGACAUGUCCCUUUUCUGUCAUGGUAUCGUCCGGGUCGGUGGUCGCCCCUCAAAGGAGCUCAUAUCUCGCUUGGCAGAGACGGCUUCCUCUCGAAUAAGCGAGUUUGACGGUCAGGCUAUCUGUCUGGUCUGGGGGGCACUGGCCGAUCUCGAGGUGCCUCUCUCACUCGUGCGUAACGUGUUUGAAGUUGGCUCCAGGCGUUUGGCUGAAUGUCGAAGUAAGUCAGCUAAGGACGCUGUUUAUAGUCUGCAUGCUAUGGCCAAGGUUGGUUACUAUGACUGGGCCUUCCUUGAAACAGUGGUGGUUGGGUCCUUAUCUGGUAGAAUGGGAGCUCUCGUGAAGCAUAGCCAGCUCAUUGCAAUGCUGUCGCCCGACAUCGCCACGUACUUGACUGGGGGCCAGCCCACCGAGCGGCAGAGGGUCGUGGCGGAGGAAUUCCUGGCGAACUUGGUGGAGUUGUUACAGAGCGAGCCGAGCCUUAUGGGAAAAGAUCUCACGAGUGGUCAGUUGGCGAUGUUCCUCCUUGGUUUGGCUAGAUGCAACCAUAGCAAGGCAGUGGAAUUUGCCAGCGGAGUGGUACCGUUAAUAGCGUCGAAAAUGGCACCUGUCAGCGGUGACACGAGGCCGUUGGCUGUUGUACUCACCGCGCUAGCAUUGCUUGACUUUACUCCCCAGAAGGCGCUACUAGACCUCUUGGGCAAGGCCUAUUGGGAAAGGGUGGAUUGGUUGGGAGAUUCAGUACAGCAAAUAGACCCGUGUCUCAAUGCCCUUCUACGGCUAGACUUGGUUCACCGAGCUAUGCCGCUUUGGAGAGGAUUGCUGAAGUCGCGUAUUAAUUCCGCGAUGGAUCAUAGCUCUAUUGCAGCGGGUGGUGAGAAACUUGCCAUCGCGGCUCAUGCCGUCUCAAUGGCGACCGGCGUGCUCCCGAGAGUAUUCAUGGGGGCAUUGGUGCAUCUCGAUGAGGUCGGCUGUAGGCAAGUACUCGGGGCCCUCCUCGGUUCUGGGGUUAGGAACCUCGACGCGCUGCCCUUGGCAACGCUACGAGACCUGAUCAAAGCGGAGGCUGGUACGCCUCGAUCGGGUAAUGGUAGGAUCCACUCUGAAGUUGGGACGGUAUUGGAGCUGCAGAUGGGCCUGCCAGUCGUGAGCGAGGCUGUGGUGGCCGACCUUUUCCUCGUAGACUUGCUAAUUGACGUUUCUGAUUAUGUUGAUGUUUCAUGA